GCCCGCAGACACCAGCAGCCAUGGGCCGCUCGAUCGACGUAGACGACCCCCUCAGCCUCGCGAUAGCGCCCCCCGCAAAUGAGACGCACGAAGAGCGCAUAGCGCGUGAGAAGAGGGAGGCGGAGGCACGAAGAGUCAGCGAUGAGAUCGACGAGAUGCUGCGGCAGGAAAGGGCUGCCAUGAAAAAGCGGAGACCAGUCAAAGUCCUGCUGCUAGGGCAAAGCGAGAGCGGCAAAUCCACAACACUGAAGAACUUCCAGCUCACCUAUGCCCGGAAGGCAUGGGCGGAGGACCGCUCCUCGUGGAAGGCCGUUGUCCAAUUCAACCUCGUCAGGAACAUCAACACCCUUCUCGACAUCAUGUCGCGCGAGAUGGGCACGCGCGCCCCGCGCUCCGACUCGCCCGACAGCGACCUCGACUACGACGAAGCGGAUGACGCUGCCGCAGGUUCCGCAGAUACAGAUAUGAAUCCGAGUACGGCGCCCGCGCCCUUUACAGAACACCACCACGUCCUCAAGCUGCGCCUCGGUCCUCUCCGGCGGAUUCAAGAAGAGCUCGAGGCGCGGCUCGGGUCCGGUGCAUCCGAGCUCGUGCAGACGUCCUCAUCCACGUCGGCAGGGCCGUUCGACAGCCCUCGCCGCCCGCAGGAGUUCUACGUGCGCUCGAAUAACUGGAAGACGGCGUUGAAGAACUUCAGGCCGUUCGGGCGCGCGGAGGGGCGGCGCAGCAAGGACUUCGACACGGGGGAGGACGUGACCGAGGUGCUGGCGACGUGCCGCGAGGACAUGAAAGCGCUGUGGGAGGAUCCGGUCCUGCAAGACGUGCUCAGGAAGAACAAGAUAAGGAUGGAGGAGUCUUCCGGGUUCUUUCUGAACGAUAUCGACCGGAUAGCGACGCGCGACUACGAGCCAUCGGACGAUGAUGUCGUGCGUGCGCGUCUCCGAACGUUGGGCGUGCAAGAGUAUAGAUUCGUUUUUGAGAUAGGCCGUACAGCAGGCCACGAAUGGCUCAUGUACGACGUCGGUGGUGCACGAACAAGUCGCGCCGCAUGGGUCCCCUACUUCGACGACGUCGACGCGGUGAUCUUCCUCGCGCCCAUCUCCGCGUUCGACGAGAAGCUCGCCGAGGACAAGCGCGUCAACCGCCUCGAGGACAGCUACCUCCUCUGGAAAGCCAUCUGCGGGUGCAAGCCGCUCGCGAAGACGCAGAUCAUCUUGUUCCUGAACAAGAUCGAUCUGUUAGAGAAGAAGCUCGCGAGCGGGGUGAAGGUGAAGGACUAUGUGCCGAGUUUUGGGGACAGGAGCAAUGAUGUGGCUACUGCUACGAAAUACUUCCAGCAACAUUUUAGGGAGAUUGCGAAGCAGAGCAAUCCGGAGCCGCGCCCGUUCUUCGUCCAUCUGACUACAGCUACCGACACAAAGUCCACAGCAGCCACAUUGAGCGUAGUGGAGGAGGGUAUCUUGAGGGACCAUUUACGACGAGCUGACCUAUUAUAGAGUAACCACGGCCACUUGAAGACUGUUAUACUGAAAAGAUGUAGGCCAUGCGCCGCGGUACUCUAUCUCCGCCCAUGCAACACUUAUUUAUUCCAUCUACUGCUGACUCCCUUCUUGUAAUUUGUUUUGUUGCUCUGACUUAUCGCUUACUGUUCGUUGGCUGUAAUGAUAUCAGCUUCGAGAUCGUUCCUCCCAUGUCUGCUGCUGUAGCUGAAAGCCUGAAUGAUGAUACUGCGCAAGUAACACUGCGUACUGU